AUUGGUGAUGGUGUUCGUGCUUAAUCUGUUUAAUCAUUUUUAGUAGGUUUAUGGAAUCUAAACUACGUAUAAAAGGAUUUAGUGGAUAUUUAUGUUAAGCCCCAACUUCUAAACAGCCAUUUUCUUAUGGCUCAGAUCCUGUUAAAAUAGAAAGUGCAAGUGGUUCGGCAUGAAAACAAAGAGCGGUCGUUUUCAUAAAAUGGUGUAGAAACUCUGUGCAGUGUAUCCUAGACAGACUGUUUUUUUGUGUAUUCUAUCUACUAGAUAAAAAAAACACUAAUUAACUCCGUACGUCAAACAACGUCGACAGCUGGGCAAGAGGAAUCGUGAAGGCGAUCCGCUAUUUAGCAUUCUGAUAGUAAAAGCAACCUGAAAAGUUGAGCAACAUGUCUGCGGGACCGUAUAAUUAUUCAUACAUUUUCAAGUACAUUAUCAUUGGUGACAUGGGCGUAGGCAAGAGCUGCCUAUUGCAUCAGUUCACGGAAAAAAAAUUUAUGGCUAGCUGCCCUCAUACGAUUGGUGUCGAAUUUGGAACGCGCAUCAUCGAAGUCGACAAGCAAAAGAUCAAAUUGCAAAUAUGGGACACUGCUGGCCAAGAGCGGUUUCGUGCAGUCACUCGGUCGUACUACAGAGGUGCAGCAGGAGCUCUGAUGGUCUACGAUAUCACUAGACGCUCAACUUAUAAUCAUCUAUCCAGCUGGCUAACAGAUACUCGCAAUCUAACGAAUCCAAGUACCGUAAUAUUUCUCAUUGGUAACAAAUCGGACUUAGAGAGCACUCGUGAGGUUACCUACGAAGAGGCAAAAAAGUUUGCCGACGAAAAUGGGCUAAUGUUCGCAGAGGCCAGUGCAAUGACCGGUCAAAACGUGGAGGAAGCUUUCCUGGAAACAGCCCGCAAAAUCUACCAAAGCAUUCAGGAUGGUCGGCUUGAUCUGAACUCUUCCGAGUCAGGCGUUCAGCACAAACCGGCUCAACCGGGCCGAACAACGCUGAGCAGCGACGCGCAGAACAAUAAAGACAAUUGUUCGUGUUAAUUUCGUCCAGUGGCCAUUGUGUGUUAUAGUUAUUUAGCGAAAUGUUGGGAUGGGAAAUACUUGAUACGAGAUCUGUGCUGCCUAAGGCAUUGCAGGACAUACCUUGAAAUCAUAUUCGUCACUUUAUAGCCAGGUGACUCCGAAAUCGAAUGGUUAAAAAUUAUGGGUCAAAUCAAAGGAGAACGUAAUCCCAUAGUGUAAUUGUCUUAUUGCUGUGUAUAAGCCAAAAGAUCGUUAAAAAUGUAUCUUUGUUGUUGUAUAUGUUACUUUUGAGUUUUCUUUCUGUUGCAAAGUGAAAAUUUAGAUAUAUAAUUAGGUAUAUAUACAUACUUUUUAUAAUUUUCAAAAUGUUUAAUCAUUUAUGUUUCGUAUACACUAUUCCUAAGUUUGUAAACACAUUCUAGUAGUUCUAAAGAACCAUUAUAAUUCCAAGAGGUGUAACAAAACUAGCACUAAGAAUGGCCCAAACAAAAUAAACAAAAAGUAACUUGUAGAUAUCAGUGAAUAACAUUGAAUGAUUAACCUCGAAAUUGGUGUCGCAGUUCUAGCAACUUUUUAACGCAAACGUAGGUUGAAUAUUGUGAUCCGUACUGUGGACUUUGAAUGCAUACAUAAUGUUGUAAUGUACUAUUUCAAAUGCUUCACAUAAUAAAACAAAAAUUAUUUGUGGAAACGAGCAACCCAUGCAAAUUGAAAAAAAAAUCGCCAUUUUUAUUCCGGACUUCUAGCUCAGAAGUAUCCGCCAGGAUUUUACCAUUAAACAAAAGGUGAAUUCUUUUAUGCUUACCCUUAAUAGCAUGCAGUAGAAAACUUCUUUAGAAUAUUCCAUUUAACUGCAGUCAAAUUCAAAAAUUUUAUAUUCUCACGUGUACUGCGACCAUUUGAGCGUUUAAUUAAGUAUACAAAUAUAAGACCUACUAUAUAUAUGAUAUAUAAUAUAUAGAAAAUUAGAAGUUUAGAAAUCCGAAAUGCAAAAUUAAAGGAUAAAAAUUGACAUUUUAGUAUUACUUUAUCAAAAAAGUCUUGAAUAUACUGAAUAUAAAUUAUAUUAGCCAAGGAAAAAUUACAGUGUGGUUCGUUUAAAGUUAGACAAACAGGACAAAUGAAAAGAAAAGCGCUAAACAUGGAUACACUUACUGAAAUAAAACUUUAUAAAGCUACUUAUUCCGCCACUAAGAAACAGAUUAUCUGUCACUUGAGUAGGUAUAUCACAUGCAAGAAAUAAUUAAAAAGAAAUUUA